CUUGUUCCCUGCAGUCAUACAUAUUUUUCACAUCACACGCUGAGAAAGAUCAGUAUUCUAGUACAAUGCACUCGCUCCAGUAUUUUCCUGUUUUCCUUAUAACUGAAAUCCUGAUUGUGAAAGCUGAGGGCCCAGUGGUUACCUUUGAAAAGAAAAGACCGUUUCUGAAAUACUAUGAGCGAAUAUCAUAUGACACUGAUGCCCUACUUCAGAAUCAUCAAAGAUCAAAAAGAGCUACCAAAGAAGAGGAACAUGUAUUACAAUUGAAACUUUUUGCAUACGAAAGAAAAUUUGAGCUGGUGCUGAAAAAAGAUUCAACAGUUUUUGCUGAUGAUUUUGAAAUUGUGUCCAAUGAAAAAACAGUGCCAGUAGACGUCUCUUUUAUAUACACGGGUGCACUCACAGAUGAAAAGCAAUCAUUCUGUCAUGGGGCUAUCAUCGAAGGUCAUUUUGAAGGAUUUAUUGAAACAAGAAAUGGUACUUUCUAUGUAGAAUAUGAGAAGAAUCACAAUAAUGCCACAGUGGAUUCAUACAUGUACCACGAAUCAGAUAUCGACUACUCUCUAAUGAAAGAUGCAGAAUCUUUUGAUUUGGCUUUACAAAAAUAUCAGCUGUUGGAAAAAAUGACAAGGAAAGCAAAGGUAGAAUCUCCUAUCAGGACCAAGAGAAGUUUGGAUCUAACACUUACAACAUGUCUACUUCAUAUAAAGGCAGAUUUCUUUUUCUACAACAGAUUUAAAAGUAUAGAGAAAGUGAUUUCACAGAUUGCAGCAUUUAUCGUGUCAGUAAAUACAAUUUAUGACAGUGUAAACUUUGAUGGUAUCAAACAUGUCAACUUUAAAGUGAAGAUGUUAAAUGUAAUCCAAGACAAAGACCCCUCUGGUAAUAUGGAUUCUGCUUUUAUUGGGCCAGAGAAGCUUCUAAUGCUACACUCAGAAUCUAACUGGAACAAUUACUGCCUCUCAUACCUAUUAACAAACAGAGAUUACAAUGGGGUCCUUGGACUUGCUUGGAAUGGAAGACCAGGUAAUUCUGGUGGAGUAUGUUCAAAAUUUGACAAGUUUCAAGAUGACCUACAAACACAGUACUCAUUAAACACUGGGGUGGUAACAAUCCAGAAGUAUGGACAAUAUUUACCACCCAGGCUUAUCCAUAUUACACUCGCACAUGAGUUUGGCCACAGUUUGGGAUCUCCGCAUGAUGGAAGUGAAGAAUGUGCAAAGUUCCCAAUCACUCCUGAUAAUAAAGGAAAUUAUUUAAUGUUUCCUUACGCCAUGGAUGGAAUUCAGUACAAUAAUGAUAAAUUUUCCCCUUGUUCAAUAAACUAUAUUUCAAAUCUUCUGCAUGUAAAAAUGGAUCAAUGUUUUGUUGAGAGCGGUUGUCCAAGCUGCGGCAAUCAGAUUGUUGAAGAUGGGGAACAAUGUGAUGUAGGUUUUAAGGAUAAUGACCCCUGCUGUUAUGGUGCCAAGCUCGGAGAUCCACUUCAGUGCACAUUAAGACCUGGCAAACAGUGCAGUUUUAGCCAAGGACUGUGCUGCAAUCAUGCGUGUUCUUACAAAUCAAAAGGAGAACUGUGUCAAGAUGAAGCUGAAUGUACAUUUGAAUCUUAUUGCACUGGCGUAUCUGCUAAAUGUCCAAAACCAUCCCCAAAAAGGAACUACACACUGUGCAACUUUGGAACAAGAAUUUGCCAAAAUGGGAUAUGCCGCCAGUCUGUGUGUCUCAAAUAUGGACUAGAGCAGUGUGACUGUAAUAGUGACGCAAUGCAUGAGAAGUGUCAGCUAUGCUGUCAAUACCCAGGCAAUCCAUAUUCCUGCAAGAACACAAAAUCAGUGGAACUUGAGAAUUUAUUCAACAGAACUCUUAUCCAGCUACCUCCAGGUACCGCGUGUGGACACAGGAAAGGCUACUGUGACAAGUUUCACAUUUGUCGAUAUGUUGAUGCAGACGGGCCUAUUGCAAGACUGAGAAAAUCCUUCCUAAACUUAAUUGAGCUGGAAGAUACUGCAUCAUGGAUGAAGGCACGUUGGUGGGCCAUACUACUAAUUAUUUUAACGCUGGCUGCCUUGAUGGCUGGAACUGUGUUCAUUUUUGGAAGAACUCUGGACACUGGAAAAGGAAAUAAACUCAAAAAGCAAUCAAGGAAAGUCAGCUCGCUUCAGAGAAACCAGGCAGCAUGCUAUGAAAAAGAAUUUGUUGCAUCAGCCUAUGUACAAUAUGAGACUAGAAUGUAAAAAAAAACACUUUUCCACUUCUGUUACAUUUUAAUGACAGCUCUGCCAAUGUGGACAGAUGAAAUCUUAAACAUUUACUAAGUCUUUGUCACACUGAAAGUGAAUUUGUGAUGCAAACUGGAAAACAGCUAUAAAUUUAUUAUCAUAGGCAUGUUUGCUAUGCUCAUAUAUGUGUCCUUCAGACAACUGUAAUUGUAUAAUAAUUAUAAUAUCCUUUGACCCAUGAUGUAUUAUAUUCAUUUGUAGAAAAAUAAACUUGGUGCUUUCAAUACACAA